CGCGAUCAUUCGUAAAAUAGAAUAAAUUCCGCAAAAUUCUAAAGUUUUUGCAUAAAUUGCGUGCAGAAAAUAACGCGCGAAAAAAAGCGUGGUGUCGAAUUUCGUCGUUUUCGUGUCGUCUAUGGUAACAUUGUCACGUCGGCUGAAAGAACUCACAGAAAUGUUUUGUUGACAAUGAUAAAUAUUUCAUUUUCUCGAGAUAUUUUUUGUAUUUUCUCCAUAUCCUAGAUGGAUAAGCAGGAUAACUACGUUACGGAGGGUCCUGUAUCGUUUACAGGCGGUGUGAAUCGAAAAAACCAUUCAAACAAACCUGUUCUUCAUCAUAUAUCCGACAAACAUCCGAAACACGUUCUAGAAGCUUUGGACGGGCUUCGUCAGUGCAAAGAGCUUUGCGAUGUCGUUUUAAACGUCGGAUCUCGAGUUUUAUACGCUCAUAGAGUUAUUCUAGCUUCUUGUAGUCCGUAUUUUAAGGCAAUGUUCACAGGGGAACUUGCUGAAAGCCGUCAAAUGGAGGUGCCCAUAAGAGACAUCGAUGAACACGCGAUGGAGUUACUCAUAACUUUCGCCUAUACGGGAUCAAUAACAAUCAAAGAAUCAAACGUACAAACGCUUUUACCGGCCGCUUGUUUACUACAGCUUAGUGAAAUUCAAGAGAUUUGUUGCGAGUUUUUAAAAAGACAGUUAGAUCCUACGAAUUGUUUGGGGAUCAGGGCAUUUGCUGACACGCACGCCUGUCGGGAACUCCUGCGAUUUGCUGACAUGUUCACACAUCAUAAUUUCCAGGAAGUCGCUGAAAGCGAAGAAUUUUUAUUACUUCCAUAUGGCCAGCUAUUAGAUAUCCUAUCGAGCGAUGAACUCAAUGUGUCGUCAGAAGAGCUUGUCUUUAAAGCGGUUAUGUCAUGGAUUAAGCAUAAUGUAUCCGAGCGUCGCCACCAUCUUCCGUCUGUGUUGCAACAUGUCCGACUCCCACUGCUCGGACCAAAAUUUUUAGUAGGGGUUGUCGGUACUGACAUGUUGAUCAAAAGUGACGAAGCAUGUAGGGACCUUGUUGACGAGGCAAAGAAUUACCUUUUAUUACCUGAGCAGAGAUUACUUAUGCAAGGUCCCAGGACUAGACCGAGACGGCCUACAAAGUGUACCGAGGUUCUGUUUGCGGUAGGUGGGUGGUGUAGCGGUGAUGCUAUUAAUAGCGUUGAAAGGUAUGACCCUCAGAAUGGUGAGUGGAGGUUGGUUUCACCCAUGAAUAAGCGACGUUGUGGGGUUGGUGUUGCCGUAUUGGAUAACUUGUUGUACGCGGUCGGUGGCCAUGACGGUAGUAGCUACCUUAAUAGUGUCGAGCGCUAUGAUCCAAAAACUAACCAGUGGAGUUCUGAAGUUGCACCAACCAGCACAUGUCGGACUAGUGUCGGAGUCGCUGUUCUAAAUGGGUAAGUAUUCUAUACUAGCUAAAUAUGUAAAUUAACCAUUGAGUCGCAUUGCGCCCUGAUGCGCCAUACUUUAUUAUUUUACUCUGUCUAAGGAAAAAAAAAAAUAUGUGGGUUUCCGGUUUCCUCUUGUAAAAACUUAGGUAGGGUAGGUCGGUUUUAACUUUUUUUUUAACUUUUUUUUAAAUUUUCCUAACAACCGGACGCCAUUUUGUUUAGUCAGUGCUUCCACAUCCAAACAUAAAUUUCCCUAAUAUUGCCUCAAAUUUUCAUUUUCCACAAACGUUUUGCUCUAAGUGGAAACACUUACAAGCGUGAUCCAAUAAAAAAGUUUAGGGUCGGGAUUUCGACGUCCAAAAGCUAGGUAGGGUCGGGAAACCCACAUAUUUUUUUAUUUGGCCUAACACCAGACAAUUUUAAUUGUCAAGCGGCGAGCACUGGUCAAUCGCUACAUUUCAAUUCACUAUACUUUGUAUGACAGCAUUAGUGUUUAACCACUUGUGUGAUUUUCAAAUAUUUCAAGGCACUCUCUAUCAAAUGAAUUUACUAAUAAUGUUUUCCCACUUAUGUUCAGCCAUAUGUAUGCAGUUGGUGGGCAAGACGGAGUAUCCUGCCUCAACAUUGUUGAACGGUACGACCCGAAAGAGAACCGCUGGACCAGAGUUGCUCCGAUGAGCACAAGACGACUAGGGGUAGCUGUGGCCGUGCUGAACGGCUUUCUCUACGCAGUUGGGGGGUCGGACGGGACCUCGCCAUUAAACACGGUUGAACGUUAUGAUCCCUCAGCCAAUCACUGGAAAGCCAUGCCCUCAAUGGGAACAAGACGGAAACAUCUUGGUGUUUCAGCUUUUCAAGAUAACUUAUUUGCUGGUAUGUAUUUUGAACUAAAACUGAACCAAAUCAUUAAAACAUCCCAAAUAUCUGAACACUAUCAAUUCUGUUGUUUUUAAUUCACUUGUUAUUCAAAUUUAAUACAGUUAAUUUUAUUUUUCUCAGUGGGUGGUCGUGAUGAUUCAACUGAGCUGAGCAGUGCAGAAUGCUUUGAUCCAGAGACCAACCAAUGGAGCCCUGUGGUCGCAAUGAACUCCAGGCGAAGUGGUGUUGGUCUUGCGGUCGUCAACGGGCAGCUGCUUGCCGUCGGUGGUUUUGAUGGCACCACCUACUUGAAGACCAUUGAGGUCCUGGACUCAAAUAACCAGUGGAAGAUGUAUGGUGGGAUGAACUACAGAAGACUUGGUGGUGGUGUAGGGGUGGUUAAAGUACCAUUGUGUGAUACCAUUGGGUGUUAGUGGUGGUGUUUAUACUGUAAAUGGGUUUCAAUAAGCACUAUUGUUCAGCAGAAAGUGACCGACCAAUAACUCACAGAGUGAAAAAAUGUUUCAUUCUUUAUAUAUUGGUGUAGCAUUUGGAAUUACUUAAAAAAAUACAAAAUGAAAUUCUAAUCUCAAACUGUCAGAACCAGUGAGGCUUGAAAUGUUGAAGUUCUCUUUGUAUUUUUCAGGUAGUUGUAUCCCUAUCAAUCUGAAGCUUUCAAAGACAUUUUGCUCAAUAGACCUUGCCGAUUAUUCUCUUUCACCCAAUGCAUGUCAGGGGCAGAUUAGAUUAUAUUCCCAUGUGUUCCUAUAUGAAUUUGUUUCUUGCUGUUCUUAGGCUCUAUUACAAAGUGAUUUUUAACCGUACUUAGCACAAAACAUGAGUAAGUAUUUGACACGAAAACGAGGCCAUUGGGUGAAAAGUGAAUAAACAGUAAGGUAUAUUAUCUAUAAGUGUCAAUAUUUUUUUUGACCAUUAUUUGUUGUUGGAUAAUGCUUACUGAAAUCUACUAAUUGUAGAUAGUUGUGUACUAGGUUGGUAUGUAGAGGUAUACUAUUGUCAAAAUAAUAAAGUGUGUUGGU